GUUCGAGCGGAGAUUAGAUUUCGUCAGAAGGGGUGAACUUUUAUCGGUUCCGGCACGAGAGCGACUUCGUCGAAACUUCGCGUCGUCGUGAGUGGGAUCGUUUCGUCAUCGAUCGGACGCCAGGCUAGCACAACCAUAUCAUUUGGAAUACCGGUGAUUCGAGGAACCGAUCCGGCGGACAGUUAUUUUCGAAAGCGACAGUUCCACGCCGGUUGUCAGACGUCCGAUCGUAAAUCAUGCAGGACCGUCGUCGUCCGUUUCCGCGUGGGCGUGUCGCGGACGUAGCUCGUCCGUAAGGAUCGCUCGCUCGGCGAUUUCGUGAUCGAAGAGCGCACGAUGCAGCUGGUUCGGUGGUUCCUCGUCUGCGCGACGAUUUCCCGGAACGGUUGCACGAUGGCACUCGACGACGCGUUCGCGCGUUUCGUCGUCGACUCGAUCGAUCGUCUGUUCCCACCGAUAAGAGUAUCGGCGCAUCUCUGCCGGCUCGAACGAGGUAAGACAACUGGCCGGUCGAAAUCGUGGGAUUGCGCAACACCACAAGCUCUCCGUGCAAACACGCGAGUCUUGCGUAGGCGUUCGAGCUUAAUAACCGCGGAUCAGUCUCUCUCUCUCUCUCUCUCUCUCUUGCUCGCUCGAUCGCUCUCGGAAGAGAGCCGAGGCAAGCGGACGCAAUCGCGAGAACGAGCUACCCUCGCCGGAAACCGAUUCGACGGGACCGUGAACACGACAUUAGAGCUGUUUCUAUUAAUCGAACACGGAAAAAUUGCACGUCAGAGAUACACAAGAGAAUCGUAGACGGCGUGGAUGGCGGCCAUAAAUUCUCUCUCUCUCACUGCCUCGCCGAAGAUAAAAGAAUGCAUUGUCGCCCGAUACGGAAAAACUAUUGCUGUCGAGCGGCGUGAUCGAGUGCUCGAACACUUUGAACAGUGAACAAAGCAGAUGCCACCCGACGGAAAGAUAAAUGUUCUUGUCUCCGGCGCGGAGAUAAAAAAAAGAAAAAGACUCUGUGGAUGUCCGGCGAGAGAUUGUCAACCCUUCGCGACACCUUCGGAAAUCGCUGUUUCGCCUUCGACGAUACUGCGGUUUCCCGCGCGAAGAUAAGUGUCGCAUCGGGAAUAUAUCGACGCACUUAAACGUACAAAGAAAACCGAUUCGCUCGCCGGAUAUCUGCUAAAAGAAUGUCCAAUGAUUCCGCUAAUCAGACAGAAACUCGUGUUGCCUUAAUACAAAGAUACAAUUAGAUUACGUCGCCGGAGAUGACUCGUUCGUUUGCGGCUGAGAUCGCGAGCCUCGCUGAAAAAUUCGCCGGCAAAUCCAGCGUAGUGGAUCGCUAGAUAACAAAUAAUCUUCUUUCCAGCAUUUUUUACAAAGUAUCAAGAGCGAGAGAGAGAGAGAGAGAGAGAGAAUUUUCCUUGCUUUAUUCUCUCAACUAUAAGUCCGAGAAUUUUGCUCAAUAUACGAUCCUUUUGUUUCGUUCGCCACGAAAACGUUGCUCGACGCUCUUUGUAUCCCGGUAUCAGAGGAUGCGCUCAGACUGUCCCGCGAGAUGUCCGGGACAGGUUUGAUCCACGAGAUCCAUCUACGCUCGGAUGAUCGAUUGCGCGAUCCGGAGGAUCAUCAGCUGUUGCGCGUGCUGGAUCUGGACUGUGAUUAUGCGAUCCCGAUGCUGUUAUCGGCGAACGAGACCGAGAUGUUCACGGCUCCGAACAGAUGGCUUCUGCUUCGUGAUCGACGAUCAUCGUCGGACCGGUCGGAUCUCGAGUCGAUCGCGGAGAUCUUUCGGGACAUGAGAAUUCUGCCGGACAGCGAGGUGUUCGCGGCGGUAUCACGGCAGAAUUUCACCGAGAUCCGAUCGAUCUACAGACGAAGUCUUUCCGGCGAGGUGGUGCUGGAGGAUCGAGGGAACUGGACGACCGAUCGAGGACUGAGCGCGGGACAAACGAUCCCGACGUCGCGACGCCGACGGAAUCUUCGCGGGACUCUGCUGAAAUCCUGCAUCGUGUUGACCGAUCCCGAUACGAUCAACCACUUAACCGAUUACGGAAAUAAGCAUAUAGAUGCAGUGACGAAGGCCAAUUAUGCCUGGGUGCUGAUCAUGGUGGCGAGAAUGAACGCGACUAUAAAUAUCUGCACUACGAACUCGUGGGGGUAUGGGAACGAAAACGGCUCGUGGAGUGGGAUAACGGGGAUGCUGCAGCGUCGCGAGAUCGACAUAGGUGGCACAGGCAUGUUCAUCGUGAAGGAGCGACUGGAUGUAGUGGAGUACGUCCAGCUGUACACGCAAAUGCGAUGGGCCUUCAUAUUCCGCAAACCUCUGCUGUCUUCGGUGAGCAACAUUUUCACGUUGCCGUUCCACCGGUCCGUCUGGCACGCGAUAGGCGUGUUCCUGCUGGUGGUCCUGGUCAUGCUGGUUUUGUCAACCAAGUGGGAGUACUAUAGGGGCACGUCCGAGUACUGGGAGUCGUUGAACCCGUCGGAGCAGACGUUCAGCGACAACCUGAUGGUCUUGAUGGGCGCCGUGGCCCAACAAGGCUAUUACUACGAGCCGUACAGGGUUCCGCCCCGCAUCGUCACGCUCAUGCUACUGAUCGCCGCCAUGAGCCUGUACGCCUCCUACACGGCUAACAUCGUGACCCUGCUUCAGUCGUCCACCGACAUGAUCAAGACCUCGAACGACUUGCUGACCUGUCCGCUGAAGUUGGGAGCGCAAGAUAUCGUCUACGCUCGUCACUACUUCUCGAAAUUUCGGGACCCGAUCAAAAGGGCGAUCGUGGAGCAAAAGAUCGAGCCGAAAGGCGGCAAACACACCUGGAUGAAUCUGUCCGAAGGUAUACAUCGUAUGAGGACCGAGCUGUUUGCGAUGCACGCCGAUCUGGGCGCUGCCUACCACCUUAUACAGAACACGUUCCUGGAGGAUGAGAAGUGCGGCAUCAAGGAGAUCGACUUUCUGAAUCACAAGGACCCGCUGCUGGUGAUUCAGAAAGGAUCGCCGUACAGGGAGCUGAUUAGGAACGCAGCUCUCCGGCUGCACGAGACCGGGUUAAAACAUAGGGAGGAGCAUCUGCUGUUCUCGAGCAGGCCCAAGUGUCAGGGACAGAUUAAUUUCAUCAGCAUCGGGAUCACCGAGUGCUACUUCGCGUUGGUCUCGAUGGGCUAUGGGGCACUUUUGAGUCUGUUCGUAUUCAUACUGGAAUUGCUGUGGCACAACUGGAGACACCGGCCGACCAAGGAGAUCGGUUGGCCUCUAGGAGAACCGGUGUUCGAUAGCGCUGUCGAACAACAUCCGGAUACAGAAAAAGGACUCGAGCUCCUGGGAACAGAUCAGAUGUCGUUGUUCAAGACGAAAGAAUGGUGGCGGACCACGUGCGGAGCGAACGAGACUUUCGAUGGACGAUGUCUGCUGGUGACACAGUUGUUCGGCGAAGAAAAGAAGGACGUACUUGUGGUGGGUAGCCACGACGGUUACCUGAGGAUCUACAGCCCUUCUUCACAGUGGAUCGAAGAAACAAAGGUUCCGACCAACUACAAAUCCACUGACUUGAUGAUCGAGAUGAGGAUCGGCGACUGCAUCGUGGACAUUCGAACCGGGAAGUUCGUCUCGGGCUCGCAGGAUCUUCGGCUGGCGAUAUUGACUUCCACGAAGUUGGUGGUCUACAACACGACUUUGGCGGACGGUUCCGCGGAAUACGGGGAUCGCUGCGACUUGAAAGUUGCAUACGAGCAUCCGUUGCCGCGGCACCCGGUGUCCCUGACCACGGGACCCUUCGGCGGCGUCCGCGGCAGGGACUUCCUCUGCGCGCAGUGCCUCGACGGCACGCUCCUCUUCUACGAACAGGAGAUAUUUGCGUUCAAACAGGUCCUCAAGAACCGACUGCUACCCGAGCCCAUCGUCUACGUAGCGCGGAACGACUUGUUCGUCACCACGAGCACAUCCUGGUACCUCGAGUGUUACAGGCACGUUCUCUUCUCUCUUAUGUACCAAAGCAUGGCGGAAUGGGUGCGAAGGGACACAAGACGUGGCACGGACCGAUUGGAGCCCGACUGGACUUACAACAUCGGGGAAGCGAUCUUGGACAUCCAGGCAGUUACGCUGACCAGCUUCGAGACGGGGAUCGUGGUCCUCGGCGAGCGACACCUCUACUGCUUGAAGGACAAUUGCGCCUCGGUCAAGUACGCCAAGAGACUCGAGUUCAAGCCGCUUUGCUGUCGAGCUUACGUUAUCGAGCCGGACGGAAAUCUGAUGGUGAUCGUGGUGGCUGACACGAGCACGCUGAUGAUCUACGAGGGCACCAAGCUCAAGUGGUCGGCGCAGCUGCCCUUUGCUCCGGUGACUAUCGCCAGGGCCCACCUCCAGCACCUACAAGGUGCGAUCGUCGCGUUGUCGGACGACGGCCGAUUGGAGGCCUGCUAUCUGGGCGCGGAACCCGGCCUGUUCGUCGCGCCACCCCUGCACUCGCGAGGGUACGACUACACGGCGGCGGAAAGUCAGCUCGCGGAGCUCAGAGCGCUUCUGCAAAAGUCGAAGUCCUCCGGUGAGUCGUGCAACGAUCUCCAUGCAGAGUAUGCGGAGCUAAUCGUCGCAGUGAACGUCUCGCCGGAUCUGGAGGUUCUGGGCCGACCCAUCGGCAGCGACGACGACAGCCACGACAAAGAGGAUCGACCGAUCGCCAGCAAGGUGGUCAUAGAGCUGUCCUCGUACGCGAGCCUUCUCGACGUUCAAAUCUGCGUGGACGUUUGCAAACCGCUGGUGGCGACGCAGGAUUUCCAAGUCGUCCCGAACCUGCGUGGCCGGUACAGUCUGGAGACGACGGUCUACGUGAAUGGGGAUCUGCCGCCGGUAUCUUGCGAGAUCAACGUGAUCGUCACUUAUCGGACGGACUCUGAAGAUGGACGGCUCCGAACGGUCAGAAAGACCGGUCAGUUGCCGCUGAAGAUGAUGCUGAAGUGCUGCCCACCCGAGAGCGCGUCCACCUUCACGACUGUGAUUAAACGCAACGACCCGCUCGUCGGUCUGAACCAUCUGUUCCCCGAGUUGACGACCAACAGAACGCAGGGGCAGAGGCAGAACUGGAACGCUUUGGGGCUGCGGCACUCGAACAACGGCAACGUGGUCACGAUCGUUUCCGGCAACGCUAGCAAUCGGUAUCGUGUGCAGUCGAGCGACGGAUUAUCGACGACCUUGGUGGUCCAACAGCUGAUCAACAGGCUGGAAGAGAAAACGCUGGGGGGUCUGUCGGCGACCAUCGGCCAGAAUCAUCUUCGGUUGAUCCAAUCCCGAAUAGAGGCUCACUUUCUGGCUCGCAGAAAAAUCGAGGAGAUAACGAACGAAAUCGGACUACUCACCGUCCAGCUGCGAAACAUCGAGAAGAAGGUCCUCCGCAACGUGCGCGAAAGGAACACCUCGUCCCUCGCCGACACCGGGCUGCCGUUCCUCCUCGAAGCGACCUGCGGCUCCAUUUUCACACGCCUCGAGGAUCUCGUCGCUGCCAGAGCGGAGCGAGACCAAACCGGCCACGAGCUCUACUGUAGCUGCAGGUUGCUGCUGUUGCUAUUGCGGCUGAACACGAGCCAAGAGAAGUUCGCGGCGAUCGAGGCCGCGAUCGGUUUCGACGCCUGUCCCUGUGACCGAUUCGACUGGGAAGAGAUCGCCGACGCGACGCUGACCACCGUUCUCAGGUCUGUUUCCAAGAAGACCGCCGUCUCCGAGUCGAAACCAUCGACAUGGAACGCGAUAACGCCCAUCGUCUCCACCAAGGAGUUGGCCAGACUCAAGAAACGCUUGGCACACGCGAUCGAGCGCGUGGACGACACGAACGGAUCCGACAUCGUGGAGGUCGAGCCCGGUGACCAAAACGACCCUUCUCUGGGCUAAGCAACGGGGUCACGCAGGACCCCAAGAACUCCUCUGUGCACCGACUUCCGCCGCUGUAUCGCUAAAUCCUCGGAAAUAGAAGUUUCUUCAACUUC